GUCCUAGCAGGGAAAUAAGAAUAAAACAACACUGCUGUAAGCUCCAAGCUUGUUGCUCCCGCAGCUUCUAUGAAUGAUGUUCGAGCGUUCGUCUGGUCCGCCGGCCGGAGUGAAUGAAUACAUAACAGCCAUGCUGCACAAUGUCCAGGAUGAUCGACUCCGAAGUCUUGUUGCUCCCCUUUCCAUUCGUUUCUCCAUGUAACUAGUUUUGCUUCUUUUGUGAUUGCUGGAGGCAGCAAUUACCCUCCCACGUUUGCACCAUGUCGGUUUGGCCCUAUGAGGCAGAGCUGCAACGGCUCACGGUGGGCGUCGUGACAACAUGUCUGGUCUGCUCCGUCAUAUCCUUCGUGUUGCGGCUGUACUGCCGUAUGAACUCGGCGGCCAAGCUGUGGUGGGAUGACUACUGGAUGAUGUUGGUCAUGGUUGUCGUCAUCGGGUUGGGUGCUGGAGGUUAUAUUGGACUCGUAUUCGGUUCAGGGGUUCAUCAAGACGUCUUGGACGACGAAACACUCCAGAGCUUCCGAAAGAACCUGUACGCCCUAAUGCUGCUCUGGGCCCUCGGCGUCUUUGGUGUCAAAAUCGGCAUCCUGCUCUUCUACUGGCGGGCCUUCACCACGAGCCGCUUCCGCAUCGCUAUCGUGGUCGUCGCACUCUUCUCGCUGUGCAGCUUCGUCGCCAAUUUCUUCUCCUUCAUGUUUCAGUGCACGCCCAUGGGCAGUUUCUGGAAGGCCACCGACGGCCAGUGCUUCAACCAGGGCGCACUGUACCUCAGCUCGGGUAUCAUCAAUGUGAUUGGUGAUGCUGUUGUGCUUUUUAUGCCGUUGCCGAUUAUUUGGACUCUGCAGUGCAGCACGAGCCGGAAGGUGUCGUUGACGUUUUUAUUUCUGUUGGGGUUUUUUGUCUGCAUCGCUAGCGUAUUCCGCAUCAUCGCCUUGACCCAGAUCGUGUCCGAGGAUAUCACCCACACUACCGUCGCCAGCGGCCUUUGGAGCGCUGUCGAAGUCCAAACCGGCUUCAUCUGCGCCAAUCUCCCGUUCACCCGCCCCCUAGUCUUUAAAUGUCUCGGCCGCAGCGGUAGUACCGCAUCCCCCACCACCAAAGCCGGCGGCACGAGCACCAAGACAAUUAGCCGCCCCGUCCUCCUCACGCAGGUGGCCAGCCCGGGAUUCAGUAACCUGACGGAAUUAGACGAUGCCCACCUGCUAGGCGGGAGGCUAGCCCGGGAUCCUAUGCUAACGCCCCCUCCACCCCUGGAGAAUAACCUGCGCGAGGAGUUUUCGCUGAGCACUCGUGCCAGCGUGCGUAGUUCGCUAGGCGGAAACAUCGGUAUUACGGUACGCAGGGUGGUGGCGUCCAAGGUUGAGCAGUAUAAACCGGGGCAUAAUCGAAUACGGUCGUUUCAGACCUACAUUACUACCACUGACCCGCUGAAGAAUAAUGAAAUUAGUGGCAAAGGCAACCAAUAA